AUGCCGCCGUCAGAAAAGGAGCAUCCUGCUCAGUCGCUCCUCGCACGCGCCCACGAACCCAACACGACCUCUCAAGUUUUCCGCGAAAAGGUCCAGAACCGCCCUCUCCUGCUCCGACCUUCCUCUCCCGAUCCUCGCGAAAAUGUCCGUUCUCAAAGACAGAAAGCAAGACUCGAAAAGCAAAGAGCCAGUCGCAAGUCAGAGAAGCCUCGCCCCUUGACUGCAAAGCAANAGAGGGUCCUCGGUGUCUACGACAUUCCCAAAGACCAGCGCAAAUACGACAUCUACCUGCCAAUUUGGAACCUGUGGUGCGCCUACAUGCGCGAAAUUCUCUCCAUGGACAACUCUCGCUACGUAAACGCUGCCGCUGUUGGUCCUCUGCUGGCCAGUGCGGAUUACCACGGUGCCAUGGUCGAUGUUGUGAGAUGUCGCUGUGUGGGAAGAGUCGGCAUUAGAGGAAUCGUCGUCAAGGAUACAAAGUUUACCAUCGAGAUCAUCACUCCAAAGAACGAGCUCAAGAGUAUGUUGUCUCCGCUCUUUUCAUUAGCGUACCUCUUUGCUAACACUACAACAGUUGUGCCAAAGGAAUAUACCGUCUUUAGAUUCGAGGUACCCUUUGCUGAAGAAGACGGCGACGGCGAUAGCCAGAUGCUCGAGCCACGCAAACCAUUCAUCUUUGAACUCCAUGGAUCCCAGUUCGAAAACAGACCGGCCGACCGUGCAAACAGAAAGUUCAAGCAGCACAUUGAUCCUGAUCUGUGA